AAUACUCAAUUGCAAUAAAUAAAAUAUCCCUACCAAUUAUCUGUUAUCCUAUUUGUCCAUGAAAAUAGGUUAACGGCUACCACUAGGAAUUUUUGUAUCCAUUAUAAUAUGGUAUAUGUCAUCUAAGUCUUUAAGUACUGAUAACAAGAAAGGGCGGCCUAUCUCUACAGACAUCUAUCAUAGAAAUUUGAUAAAAUCUCCAAUUGCAAGGCCUAUCUCAAAUCAUGGGAAGCUCAGAUUGAAACAAUACCUUCAGCCAUCAUUAUUUUUAAAGCCGAAAAUAACUUCAUUUCCAAUGGAAAAAGAGAGAUUAUACGAAGACAACAUUCAGCUGAAGAAAACAAAUCAUGUGUUAGGUGAGCAGCUGACUAAAUUAAAAACUAAAUUGCUACAGCUAGAAAAAGAAAUUCAUAGAAGGAAUUCAUUCGUUGAGCAAAAUUCAUUUACUCUUUCAAAUAUUCCCAAUCCUCGUGGUAUCAAUUCUCUAAGAGAUUCUUUAAAUUUCUUGAAAAAAGAAAACCAAAGAUAUAAAUCCGACAAUGAGGAGCUGAAAAAAUCAAUGAAGCUUACAAAAUUGAAUGAGAUUGAAGAAGAAAGAGAUCAAUAUUUUAAAGAAUGCAAAAGGCUUCGAUCAAUUAUUGAUACUAUUUCAAAAGAAAAUUUAGAAAAAACUCGUGAAAUCAAGUCAAAACCAGUUACACCUUCAAACAGACUGGAUACUGAAACAAUUGAUAAUCAAAAACUCAAAAACCUAGAACUUAAAAUUGACACGUCAAGAUAUAGGGUUUUCUCCUAUAUAGCCCUGUAAGGACUGCGGAUUCUGUCCGGAAUCCUUUGGUUGGUGGAACCAACAAGUGAGCUGGUCCGACCAAAGUAUUGAGUUGGUUCCACCAACCAAAAGGAUUUCGGAUAGAAUCCAUAGCCCUUAAGGGCUAUAUAGGAGAAAACCCUAUAUAAGAAAAAAGCACUCAAAGAAGAAUUAUUAAAUGCCAAAAAUAAAAUCGAAAAUUAUGAAGCAGAAAAAAAUCAGCUUACUAAAACUAUUAAAGAAAAAGAUGCAGAGCUGCUAAAAUCUAAUCAGAUCAUAGAAGAUCUAAAAUCAAAAUUAUUAAAAACCUCAAACCCACAAGAUGGCUCAAAUUAUCCAUCUCCAAAGCUAUCCAAAGUUGCCAAAGUUCCUUUAAAAGUCUCUCACUCCCCCCCUUUAAAUUGGAACAAAAUAUCGGUAAAAUUUCCACUUUUUGGUAAAUUAACCCCCCUUUAAAUUGGAACAAAAUAUCGGUAAAAUUUCCACUUUUUUGGUAAAUAAACCCCCCUUUAAAUUGGAACAAAGUUUUAAUUUUAUAAUAAAAAAAAUAUAUAUAAUUUUUAUCUAAAAAGUUUUGAUAUAAGUUAAAAUGUUUCUUCUUACUCCCCCCCCCCCCUCCGUGAGCGAACAAAAAAAUUUUGUUCGCUCACGGAGGGGGGUUAAUUUUUUUUUUUAAAAAAAAUUUAUAUAUAAAUUUUAUAAAAAUAUAUUUUUUUCGAAAUUUAAAAAAAUCCUAAUUUGCAAAAAUUGGGAAGCAAAUAUUAAUUUAAUUUGCAAAAUUUAUGUUUUAAAAACGCAAUUUGUUUAAAAUUUAAACAGAAUUAGCUCUAGAUUUCAUUAUACUAAUUAUCACUUAUAUAUCAAAAUUUUUUUCCAUUAAAAUUUUUUCUAUUAAAAAAAUUUUUGUUCACUCACGGAGGGUGGGUUUUUGGUCAAAAAAUGGCGAUUUUUCUAAUGGUUUUGUUCGCUCACGGAGGGGGGGGGGGGAGUUAGCUAAAAUUAAAAAUUUAGUUAUAUCUUUGCUCUUUUUAAAGAAAAAAGUAUAAAGAGCAUCUUAUUUAAAUAAAUUUAUUAUCCUUAUAUGGUAGAUUUUAAAAAAAAAUUAAUUUGUUUUUUUUGAUAAAAAUGACAUUUUUUAUUUAGAUAGUUUUGAUAUAAAUUCAAUAGGAAUUCUUUAUAAAAUUUUCAAAAUUUAAUUAUUUCUUGCUUUAUUUUAAAGAAUAGAGUAUAAAUAACAUUUUAUUUAAACAAAAUUAGCACUUUGAUCGAUAAAUUUUCCAAAAUUUUUUUUUUUAAUUUUUUUUUGAUCAAUAAAAAUAAAAAUUUUUGUGUAAAUAAUUUUGAUACCAAUUAAUAGUGGCGUAUUAACUAAUAAUGAAAAUUUUAGUUAUAUCUUGCUUUGUUUUAAAGGAUAAAGAGUAAAUAGCGUUUUAUUAAACAAAUUUAUUGAUCUAAUUCGAUAAGUUUUUGAAAUUUUUAUAUUUUUUAUAAAAAAUUUUAUAUUGAUAUUUUUUUUAAAAAAAAUAAUAAACCCCCUUUAAAUUGGAACAAAAUUUUUAGUUCCAAUUUUAAAGGGGGGGGGAGUCAGAAUUUUUCCAUUGCAAUAAGCUCAAAUUCCUUUUCAAGCCCUAUAAGAAAAAACGUCAUAAAAGAUUUUUUUAAUAAAAUUUCGGUCCAAAUAUUGAAUCAUGAAGAAAAUUUUGAUGAGUUUGUUUGUAAAUAUAAUCCAGAAAAUCAAAAUUAUUUUACUUUUCAAGAGUUUUGAGAUGGGCUGCAAAGAUGUGAGCUUAAUGUAACUUUGAAAGAAACUAAAGAAGUAUAUAUCUAUUAGGAGUAAUAAAGAAUUUUUUAUUAUAAAAUGAUACUCUCAAUUUUAAGGGAUGCAAUAAUUAGCUUUUUAUGCUAUAAUAAUGAUUUUAGUAAAUGGGUAUAUGACAUAUUGGAAGAAAAUAAAGAAUUUUCUGCCAAUAUGUUUAUAGAAAAAGUUAAAAGCUGUUUAGAAGAAAAAUUAGGCAGGCCUCUAAAAAAGCAAAAUAAUUGCGAAGAGUUAAGUGAAACCUUUAUAAAAGAAAUAAAAGAUACUGUUGUAUAUAGAGAUGAAAUCAGAGAAACAGUAUCCGAUUUAAAAUCUCGUUUUCGUGAAAAGAAUGUAUCAAAAAAAGAAUUUUACGAUUUUUUUAUUCGAUAUCUGCCAGACAAUCCUGUAGAAAUAAAACAAUUAGACAAGCUAUUCUCUGAUGAAAUUUUAAAAGUUGAAUCAAUUCUAGAAAGAAAAAAAAUGAUUUCUUAUUUUAUAGGAAAUUCUUCUAAAGAACAAGUCAUCGAAAAGCUAUUAACUGAAUUUUUUCCGAUUUCAGUUGAAAAUUUAAUCCCAAAUAAUGAUGAAUUUUCUAUUGCAGUUUCUCAAAUUUUAAGCUUAGAGCUUCAAUUUCGUCAAAAAUGUGAAAAGUAUGAUAAACAGAAAAGAGGAUAUAUAACAUGGUUUGAAAUCAGAAAAAUAAUUUCAGAGCUAGGUCUCAGUUUUUCUGACGGCAUUUAUGAUGAAUUAAAAAUAAAAUGUUACUCAUUAGAGCAGUCAUUGCUUUUAAUCCCCUAUGUUCCAUUUAUGGAUUUACUUAAAAACGACUUAGUGGUAUCUUCUAUCAAUAAUAUCACUAACCAUUCUUAUGAAGAAGAAGUUGAAGAACGAAAAGAAGACGUAGGGUCUGUACAUUCUACUAUGGUUUCCCAUGAAAGAGCGACAACAAGAGGCUCAAUUUCCACUGAUUUUCAGAACUUAUUGAACAGCAGUUUCCACGAAAAUUUAAUGCAGACAAGAGAGACGCUAAGAGAUGAAAGAAUGAGCGUAGGAGAUGACGCUUAUGAAUAUAAUUAA